AUGCUUGAUUCGGAACCAGUGGAUUCCAAGAAGAAGAGUGGGUUGAGAGGGUUCUUUUCUUCAUCCUCAACAUCAUUGAAUAAGGAGAACCGUAAGGCAGGAAAUGAGAGUGGGACGUCUUCACCACUGUCACAUCGAUUUUUGUUGAAAAAAAGAAGCUCCAGGGGCAUUUCACAAUCAUCCCAAAAUAGUUCUUCUAGUUCUCUCAAUUCAGUUACAAAAUACAAUAUGUAUAACUCCAGUGGUUUAGCAAACAACGGUAGUCAGAUUCAAAUUGAUAAAAAUUCUGAACAUGAUUACCAUAGUGAUGCAGGGGACAUCUCCAAUGAAGGAACAGAGUAUGAUAAUUCCGCGAGCUCUAGAAGCCAUUCGAUGAAUAAUACCAUUGAUACUUCGAAUGGUUCAUUCAAUAAUAAUGAAGGCGGCCUGCCGAAAACAGACGACAGAGUUCCACCACAUACACUGCGUCGCAAGACUGAGCUACUGCCGGAAGCAAAGAAGGAAGCUUCCGGUAAGACGAAAAGUCACAGUCGUCAUCUGAGUCAUUUAUCAUUGAAAAGAUUUCUUAAAAAGCUUAAGAACACAGAUACAGGAGAUAGCAAGUAUAAACAUAAACAUGCUAAUGUCUUGCCCCAUCAUUCGUCAGAUUUAUAUAAGAAAUAUGGGACCGUCGGAAAAUUAUUGGGGACAGGGGCAAGCGGAUCAGUCAAAUUGGUUACUUCAAAAACAGAUCCUAAUGAAAUAUUUGCAGUCAAGAAGUUCAGAGCUAAAUUGCCAAAUGAAAAUGAACAUGAUUAUAAAGUAAAAGUCAAGAAUGAAUUCAAAAUAGGACAACAUUUAAGACAUGAAAAUUUGAUUCAUACAAUCGAAUUAAUUAAAGAGAGUGAGAUGAUGUCGGUUGAAUAUUAUAUUGUCAUGGAAUAUUGUCCAUAUGACUUCUUCAACUUAGUAAUGUCGGGACUCAUGACUCGGGAAGAAUGUGCAUGUUAUUUCAAGCAAAUUGUCAACGGUGUUGCUUACUUCCAAGAAAAUGGAUUGGCACAUAGAGAUUUGAAACUAGAUAAUUGCGUCGUCACCAAGGAUGGUAUCUUAAAAUUGAUUGAUUUUGGAUCUGCUGUACAGUUUAGAAAGGAAAAAACUAAUAAUAACCCCUCUGAAGACGACAUAGACGAAAAGUAUAGGUUAGUAAGGUCCAGAGGUGUCGUGGGAUCGGAUCCAUACUUGGCUCCUGAGGUUUUAGAGCCAAGUAAUUUUGGUUAUGAUGCAAGAGGAGUGGAUGUGUGGUCCAUUGCCAUUAUGUAUUGUUGUAUGAUUUUGAAAAGAUUUCCUUGGAAAAUCCCUAAAGUGAGUGACCCAUCGUAUAAAUCAUUUAUAACAGAUCCGGUUGAGACAGACACUGAGGAACUUGCAAAUGAUGUGCAUAAUAGCUUACACGUCUCAUCAUCUGACAAUGCCAACAAAAGGCAUUCGACAGGUCCGUAUAGGUUACUUCGUCUUUUACCAACGCAGGCUCGUUAUUUGAUUGAAAAGAUGUUAACUGUUGAUCCACUUCAAAGGUACACCAUAAAAGAUGUUGUCAAAGAUGAGUUUUAUUUAUCAAUUGAUCACUGUCAUACAAUUGAAAGUGAAGGUCAACCAAAAUCAAUUUAUAGUGCUGAUAAUCAUAAGCACCAUUUGGUAACCGAAGAAGAUCUUCAAAAAAUAAAUAUGGAAAAGGAACGUCUCAAAAAACUUAAGGAUGCAGGUGUUGCCUAA